UGGAAUCCCGGCUCGGAGCCCCGGACUCGCGCCCGCCCGCGCGCCCGCUCCCUCCCCCUCCCCCCGCCCCGAGCCCCCCACAGUCGCCGCCGCCGCCUCCUUCGAGCGGGGCCCAGGCCCAGCCGCCGCCACCGCUGCCGCCGCCGAGCUCCGCCGCCUCCGCCGCCGAGCACCAUGGGAGACGCCGGGAGCGAGCGCAGCAAAGCGCCUAGCCUGCCGCCCCGCUGUCCCUGCGGCUUCUGGGGGUCCAGCAAGACUAUGAACCUCUGUUCCAAAUGCUUUGCUGAUUUUCAAAAGAAACAACCAGACGAUGAUUCCGCUCCAAGUACAAGUAACAGCCAAUCAGAUUUGUUUUCCGAAGAGACCACAAGUGACAACAACAAUACCUCUAUAACCACGCCAACUCUUAGUCCCAGCCAGCAGCCGCUUCCGACAGAACUGAAUGUAACUUCACCAAGUAAAGAGGAGUGUGGGCCAUGCACAGAUACAGCUCAUGUCUCGUUAAUCACACCAACCAAAAGAUCCUGUGGUACAGAUUCACAGUCUGAGAAUGAGGCUUCGCCAGUGAAACGGCCACGACUACUGGAGAACACUGAACGAUCCGAGGAAACCAGCCGAUCUAAACAGAAGAGUCGACGUCGGUGCUUCCAGUGCCAAACCAAACUGGAGCUGGUGCAGCAGGAACUGGGAUCGUGCCGCUGUGGUUACGUGUUCUGUAUGUUACAUCGCCUCCCCGAGCAGCAUGACUGUACGUUUGACCACAUGGGCCGAGGCCGAGAGGAAGCCAUCAUGAAAAUGGUGAAACUGGACCGGAAAGUGGGGCGCUCCUGCCAGCGCAUUGGGGAGGGGUGCUCGUGAAGGCCGGCACGGCCGCCACGUGACGCUGUUCUUAGUUCACUGAUGUUAGCCUUAUUUAGGACAGAGUCAGCCAGACACCUUUACUGGGCACGCGUCAGACCACAGCCAGUCCGUUUCCUUUCUUUAGCCAGCCAUCCUGGUACUGUAGUUUAGGGGUUGAUGGUGGUUGAAAUUGAUUUCUGGCUGGUUACUAAGGUGCCUGCUAGCCAUUGUAUAAAAUUAAAACAUGAAGAAUA